AUGGUGCACUUAGACACAGGCUGCCCGUGCAUCAUUGGACGGGAGGUGACGGUUGGGCAUGCCUGCAUUUUGCAUGGCUGCACCGUGGAAGACGAGGUGUUGAUCGGCAUGGGCGCCACAAUUCUAAACAGAGCGGUCAUUGGCCGUGGAAGCGUGGUUGGCGCCGGGGCACUCGUGCUUGAGGGGAUGCAAGUACCUCCAUUCUCUCUUGUGGUGGGCUCACCAGCAAAGGUCAAGAAGACCUACAAAGAGGAGGACCGGAUCAGCGCUCAAAGACAGCAUGCUGACAGCUAUGUUCGGAAGGAGCGCCGGGACGGCCUCGGGACGGACAGCCUUUCUCCCGUGAGUCCUUUGACCUUGCUGGCGGCAUCGCCCAGCGCGGGGUCGCCCACCUGGGCCUCUCGCAAGGUCCGUGCCCUGCGCAGCUCACGCCGCACCGCGACCACUGCCGGGACCAGCCACCUGGAGCCCCUGCCGUUGGCGAAGGGUGCGGUACGGCACCACCGACCCAGUAGCUCUUCGGGCGCGGCCGGAGGCUUGGAGGAACAGAAGGGUGAGCUGACAGUGGCCUUGGAUUUCGAGGCCGCCGAGGCCUUGGGAAGGAAGAUCUUGGGGAAGGACUCAUGGGUGAAGAGGAUUUUCGAAGAAUUUGACGGAGCAGCUUGUGGAUAUCUUUGGCCUGCAGAGUUUGCUGCCCUGAAAGCGCGCUUUGAAGAAGCCAUGGGUAGCUUCGGGAGCCGGGCGAAAUUCAACUUUGAUGCGGCAGACACCAAUAUGGAAGGAAGGAUCAGCCUCUAUGAGUGGGAGCGCUACUCCACCCAGCUGAUCCAGGAGCUGGGUGAGACCCGCUGCCGUGUGGCCGCCGAGCGCGUCCUGGGCAGCCGCAAAGCCGAGAGCCGCCGCAAGGUAAAGCACGCGGCUUGGCCGGUGGGUGAGGUGAACCCCGUAGAAGGGGUCUUUGUCUCGGAGGGAUUUGAGGCUCAGGCUUCGGUGCGGCUGCUGGAGGUGUGCUCCAAGGGCCACAAGAACCUGAGCCUUCUGGAAGACACCCGCGUGGCCUUGUCCACGAAAGCUGACCCCAAUGCGGGGCUUGUGGCUUGGAUAGCAGCUCUUGCUUGCCAGGGCUGGAAGUGCGCCAGGAAGAUCCGGGUAGUACAGGUCCGAGAUGACAAAGUCUGCCGGCUGUGGGAGAUCAAGACACCUCCCAUGGUUGAGACCUGCGAGAUUUUUGAUCUUGCAGAAGAAGGUGAGAUAGACAUUGAGGAGAGCUUCACUGAAGGCUUUCAGAUGGUGGUGACCGAGGAGGACAUGGUUGAGCACUUUGACCUCACCAAGACUGACAUGGACGACUACUGGACCGUGGAGGAUGACUUCACCCAGGAGAUCGACCUCAACGACUACAUGAUGGACUACAACGACCUCUUCGAGAACGUGGACUUCAUCACCCUCGAGACCUCUAAGGUUGAGACCUUUGUGAUCCAGGCCAUCUGCGAGUUGGACCUGAACUACAACGCUGUACUCGACUUGGGUGCAGAUGUGAGUGUGGUGCCCAUGAACAUGGGUAGCUUGGGCAAGAGGGCCCAAGGUGGAGCAUUGCUUCGAGAUGCUCAAGGUAGAAUGAUCCCUGUUGAAGGGAAAGUUGCAAUGACGUUGCAUUGCAUAGCAGCUGAUGGACGACCUGUCAAGCUGAAGGAGAUCUUUGUGGUGGCCAUCGUGAAGCAACCGUUGGUAGCUAUGGGCAAGUGGAUGAAGAAAGGUUGGAUGAUCCAGAAUGUCAAGGACAAGUUCUACUUGCAGAAGGGUGACUACUACCUCCCUUUGGAGUGGGAGUGUAACAACCUGACUCUGAGCUUUGGCUUGGAGGAAGAGAAGGUCAGCUAUGUCAUGGACGUGUCUGACGAGCUCAAGGCCAUGGCUGAAGAACCUGGCUGGCAUGAGUUGAGUGAUGGCACACCUGUUUUGGUGGUCAAGAACGCAUUCACUUUCCAGGACAUUUCAAGAAAGUAUGAUCCUUACCAGUUUCCUUGCAGAACAACACUGGUGAAGUUGGAGAGUGGCGAGUAUGACUGUGUGGAGAGCGCGCAGUUCUGGGUAGACAGAAAGAUGUCGGAGUUGGAUGGCAUCUCACCAUGCACAACCCUGACUUUGGUGCAUGAGAAGGACCCGCUGAACCACGACUUCUACCUGGAGAAGCAGAACCUGUUCCUGAAGAGAUGCAGGCUGAAGAACCUCAAGGAGGACCGCAUGAACCAGAGCAACUUGGUCUACGACGAGGUUGGAGAUGACUUCGUGAUGGUGAAUGGCUUGAAGUUGACAACUGCAAGCUCAAGAAAAGUGAUGAAAGAUGCGUGCGAGUUCCUUGGAAUCCCUUUGAGCGGGAGCAAGACCACAGUCUUCAGAAGGCUACAGGUGGCAGUGAGAGAAACAGCAGCAAAAGCAGCGCUUGAUGCAGCUCGCAACGAGAAGAGGGCAAUGGAAAGACGACCUCAACAAGCAGAAGUACCUCUAGCCCCUACAGAUGAGGAGAAGCAAAGACAUUUGCUCUCACACCUUCCUUUUGCAGAUUGGUGUGAACACUGCCAAGCAACAAGGGACUAUGACAAAGUGAUCAUCAAGGGCGACCAAGAACCUUCCUUGAAGCAGGUUAUGAAAGCAGUGGCUGAUGCGAGGAGGCUGUUGAAACUUCAAACAACACAAGAGUUCUCACCUCAAGGCAGAUCAGCAUCUAACCCUGCAGAACGAGCAAUUCAGACAGUGAGAAGGUUAGGCAACACCUUGCUGGAAAGCAUCCGUGUUGGAUGUGGAAUCGAGAUUCCCGCUUCACACCCGCUAUUUGUUUGGCGCUAUGCCCAUGCAUCAUGGUUGUACAACAGGUUCCAUGUUACACCUGGUGGCAAUACACCAUUUGAAGUUGUGACUUCCCGCACUUACUCGGGGAAGCUGGCACCUUUUGGAGCAUGCGUUUAUGGACAACCACUUCCAGUCCCGAAGAACACCCGACGAGGAGUUCCAAUCUGGCGGAAGGGAAUCUAUGUGGGCAAGUUGAUGGAUUCAGACCUCAACUUCCUGUUGUCGCCAAAUGGAUUGUUUGUGACGAGAGCAGUCCGAAGAUGUGCCGACGAGUGGCAACCAGAGUUCCUCAUGGCUUGUCAUGGAUUGCCAUGGGAUGAUGCAAGCUCAAGAAAGUUUGGUCCCACGACCAAGGUCGACAAGAAGAGAAGCCUGGAAAGCCAGACCUUUCCUGGACUACAAGAUGACGAGGCCAAAGCAGUUGAAGAGUACGCACGACGUAGAGCAGAAGAAGCCUUGGCAAAACCUUUUGGUGAGCUGGAAGGAAGUGAUGAGGAGUACCUUGAUGACAAGGACUUGAAGGACAAGCAGAAGAAGGAGACUGAGCUGAAGAAGCCUGGUGAUGGAGAACGAGAACAACCAGUUCCCUACACGAUGCAGAGCAAGACCCGCAACAUGCAGGAGGAGUUCGUGAUGAACCUCAAGGCGGACUACAUCCUCAAGUUCCUCAACAACCUGCUGGACUUCAACAUCCUCAAGGAGAACUUCGACCUCAUGGUGAACUUCCUGGAGAAGAACCUCCCACGAAGAGUGCACGAACAGAGUGGCGUCCAAGAAGUGGCUUUGGAUGAGCGGGAGUUCGUCGAAGUGGACGAAUACCCUUUGGUGGACCUCAACGACUGGGGCGAGUUCAAGGAGAUUGACCUCGAGCAGGAAUCUGAAGAAGCUGGACCUCCAGAUGUCUCUGAAGAGAUGUUGGCGCAGUUGGAGCUGGAGGCAGAUGAGCGAGAAAUCACAAGGCUCAAGGAGAUGGGAGUCCUCAUUCCCAAGAGUGGCAACUUUGAGGACUGCAGGUUCCUGACGACCAAGAAGGUCACAGGACCUGACACCCUGGACAAGAAGGAGUUGAAGCAGUUGGUGCUCUACCUGAAGCACACGGCUGACUACGUCCAGGAGAUGAAGCAGAGCUUCGCAAUGGCUUCGGCUAUGGGAGAAAGGAAUGAUGAUGUGAAGAUGGCUGCAACACAGCGUCCGAGCCUACUUGAAGUUUUCACGGACAAUGGAAUCUACAUCAAGCGAAUGUUGGAGGCCGUGCUGAACAUGAAGGUGGUCUUGGAGUUGAGGAUUGACAGUUCCUCUGCUCGAGCGCUACUCCAACGACAAGGAGUUCAGAGAACCCGACACAUAAGCACUGGACUUUUGUGGGUGCAGCAGAAAGUGGAAGAACGAGAAGCUGCAAUUCGACCUGUGCCGGGAAAAGAGAACAGCAGCGAUUUGGGAACGAAGAGUCACAGCAGCAAGAGAUUGAGAUUCUUGCUAGGCCUCAUUGGCUACUUGGAGUUCGCUGGUGGACCACGAGUUGGAGCCCAAGAAGAAGAGAUUCGACAUGUCAAAGGACUCAGACCUGAAAGAGUGCAACAGCUGACAUGUUUGCUUUUGGCGGCUUUGAGUCAGCAGGGCAACGGAAUGGAAGUCGAAGAGACGACCAGUAGUGACAGCAACCGUGAAAUUUUACUGAUGGUUUUCACGGCAAAUGCAGUUUUGUUUGUAGCCAUGGGAUUGGCUAUGAGCGUGCAAGGUUGCGACUUAGCGCUGAUGGUGCUUGAUUCGGCUUCGAUUGGAGCAUGGUCUCUCCUGACCGAGAUGGGCUACCAGAUCUUGCAGACAGGCAUGAUGAUGGUGGCAUUCAAUGUGGUGGUCUUCAUCCUGUUCUACCUCAGGGACUACUUCAACCUACGACCUGUUGAAGGUGGAGGAGAAUUUCAACGAGAAACUUCACCCCCUCAAGAUCCUCACCGAGAAGGAGAACAGCGAAAAGUCAAGCAGACAAGGUUCAACCUCUUUGGAGAACCAGCCGGACAUGAUCCGGAAGCUCGCGGAAGUGAUCGCGAUGGAGAACUAUGGGAGGAACCUGAAGGUGGAGAUGUCAACCACCUACUACUUGAAGGAGAAGAAGAAGGUGAUGGACAAGAAGAAGAAGAGUUACCACAACUCGAGAAUCUCACGGAGACAGCCUACACCUCUGGCGGAGAACCCACUGAAGAUGAGUUCACAGAGGGCGCCAUGGACACAGAGGACGCCAUGGACGUGGACGAUGAUGAUGUCAUCGCAACAGUUGAAGAUUGGGACCCCAUUGGUCAAGAAAUGGCAACGUACAGAGUUCUUCGACAUCGAGCUCAAGCAUUUCCUGGAGAAGAGUACUUCUUGGACAUUGAUGGACGUCUUGAACGCCAUGGAGGAUUUGGAAGCUUGAGUGGAGAAGAAUCUGAAGAAGAACAACCUUCGACAGCAGAUGACCAACCUGCUGAAGAACCUGAAGGCAGUGGAUCUGAACAAGCCCUACGCGUGGCAGGAGAACUUGGUGACGAAGUGACGGACGCAGUUCGAGAACUUCGACAACAUGCAGGCCUACUUCAAGAGCUGGGUGAACACCCAGAGUGCUACAUGGAGUACAACAUGCCUGGCAUUGUGUUCUGGGUGAAUCCAGACACUGGUGAGAUCCAGAUGCACCGACUCCUCGACCUCACGAUCGACACCCCUGAAGAUGGCGAGGAAUACUUCAUCGAGAACCCCAACUGGAUGAGAGAUGGUGGAAAAUGGUUGAUCAGGCGACUUCACUAUGAGCCUGAGCCAGAAGAGGAAAUCCCUGAAUCUCCAAGAGGCUAUGGCUGGGCCCUUGGAACAAGAGAGUGGAUGGACCACGUGCGAGAAAGGAGAGCAGCUGCAGAACGAGAAGCUCUAAGACAGCAAGUUGAGCAGGCCAGCCCGGCCUUCAACGACUACACUCCGCUGAUCUUCCUGGCCAGUACUCCGCCCUCGGCCAAUGGCCCGCAGGUUGCACAGGCCAUGGAGCUGUUGAUCGCCUCCCACGCGGACGUGCACCGCGAGUGUGGACAGAUGACCAGUGGCCGGCUGGUGCCCUUGCGCUUUGCGGCGCGUGCGCAGAAUGAGUAUGGCCUUGAAACGUUGCAGAGGCACAUGGAUUUGGGUGAUGCCUUCCACUGGGCAGCCGGGGAGAACGCCGAGGGCAUCAUGCUCUCUGAGAUCAGGCGGAAGUUUGGGAACCAAAUGGCCAAGACCAUUGGGGAGAUGGCCUCUUUCAGCUACGUGGCCAGCACCCAGAUGAGACUCUUUGCCUCACCCAUCUUCCCAGGUGGCUUGCGCGCCUCGGGCGCGGUGUCGCUCUGCAAGGGCCUCUACGACGAUGGCCACGUGCGGAAGGGCCAACGAGCGGAUCCCAACUCUCCGGGCCUUGAAGGCAAUACGGCUUUGAUGGACAUGAUCACGGAAGGGAAUCUGCCAGUGAUUCAAGCCUUGCUUGACUGCCGAGCCAACCUGGAUCAGAGGGAUAGCAGCGGGGCCACGCCUUUGCACUACGCCGCGAUGCACGGGAAGGUGGACGUGAUUCGAUUUCUGUUGGAGCGCGGCGCGGAUCCCAGCGCUGUGAACCACGCGGGCUUCUCACCGUGGAUGAUGGUGGCUGAAGCUUUGAACGUCAGUGGAGAGGAACUCCGAGACAGCCUGGAGCUGUUGAAGCCGCAAGUGAGUCCGGAGGAGUUGUUGCAGGUGGCAGAGGAGCCUGAAGCCUUGCUGCAGCUAGUGGAGGAGGUGAGCAUGGAUCAUUUGCAGAAGUCCUUCCGCUUGCACGAAAGCCUCUUCUUCAACCCACGCAUGGCCAUCGUUGGCUCCUGGGAGGGCCGGACUUGUCUCAAUAGCUUGCUAGAACGCUGGGCGAACAUCCUCAUCCAGUUGCUGCAAGUUGAUCCUCUAAAGGGGAACCUGAAGAUCUUGGCCAAGUACCUCCUCACUGCCACGAAGGGCCCAGAGAGCCAAGUGACCUUUGGGCAGAUCCGGAAGGUCUGGCAGCAGGAGGAUAACCGUUCCUCCUACCGUGCUCGGCUCACAGAAGCAGUCAAGGCACAGCUGAACGUCUUCGCCGUGGACUGCGGGCAGCUGCGGAAGCAGGUGGAGCGGGCAGCCCGUUUGGCCACAGAGGAAGAGGAAGAGGUUGAAGAGGCCAAAACCCACGAAGACCGCCAGGCGCAGUGCGAACAUGACAUCGCCGAGAUGAUCUACAGCUUCCCGGAACGCCUGAAGAGAGAGUCUUACAAAGCCUGCCACGCACUGCUGCAAAUGCCCAAAGACCAGGUGACGAUCCCCGAUAAAUGGCAGGUGGAGUCCUUCUGGAAGCGUGUGCAGGAGCGGCAGGUCUUACGCUAUGACCCUCUAUGGUCCCUUGAAAUCACGGAUGGCGCGAGUUGCUUCCUGCAACUGCUACGCCUGGGAGUCCCCAAAGAUCCCACCUUAAAGAUGAAACGUGAAGAGGCCUGUGUAGUGUCUUCGAUUGCAGAGUACAGCCAACUUCGGCAGGUGCAGCAUGCGCAGAUGAAAGAGCUCUAUGCCAGAGGCUAUGUGACAUACUCAAAUCUGUGCAACAAGCCUUUUCAGGAGAAGAUGAAGCAGAUUGUUGCCCGGGCGCAGGCCUCGGGUGUUUUCGUGGAGGUGCCCGAAGAGGUGGUGGCUGCGAAACGCCUCCAGCGGAUACUUGAGAAGACACUUGAAGCUGAACAAGAGCGCGCUGGAUGGGACUGGCCGGAGAGAUCAGAGUUGUAUCUUCAACACACCUACUGCUUCUACAUCUUAGAUACGGUCAGAAUGAGCUUCUCCUGUCGAGGUGAGACGGUUCCCGAGCAGGUGCACUGUUGCAUGCGCGUCUUGGAGGAGUUUCAGCACUGCAGUGUGGAAACGGACGGAGUUCAGCUGCUGCGGACCAAGUCGGGCUUUGCUGCCGGGGUCACGGCGGAUGGUGGAUACGCCGAUGUGAAACUCCUUUGCUACGCAGACUUGGGCAGCCACGUGGCAUUCGAUGGGACCGAGAUCCCUUUGCGGAUCAUCGGGGAGAUCCAGCUGAUUCUGGAGGACUACGAGGCCGUGAAGAAGCGGAUGCACUUGGUCUAUGAGGUGAACCGUGGCAGCUUCGAUCGGGCAAAAGCCUCCAGCAAACGCGUCACCGACCGCACGCAGCGCGCCGGGUCUGGAGUGACUUGA